AUGACUUAUUUUUCGACAGCUCUGCAGUUUUACAUCGACUCGACAGAACUACCUCAGGCGUUCUACUAUUUGCCAAAAACUACAAAACAGAUCUUGAGGUACGGGAACUAUUUGCAAAGCAAAAUAUUACUUUCUUCUCUUCUUCAGUUCAAAAAGACGCUGAAAGAUGGAAAUUGGUCCAAGGAAUACGUUUGCAUGGUUGAUGGCGUUUUUCCUGAUGAAGAGACUGAAUGCAAUGAAUCUAUCGGCACUCUGGUCGUUAGUAUGGGCAUCCAAUGUGUGCGUCCAGAUGGCAAACCAGCUCGAAGUCGGUUCAGAAAAUUGUGGUCUGACGGAAAGCACUCCGUCCUUUCCGUGAAUUUAUACACAGGGCGAACACAUCAAAUUCGUGUACACGCUCAGUUUUUAGGUUACCCAAUUGUUGGCGAUCGCAUUUACAAUUCUUCCGUUUGGGGACCCCAGAAAGGGAAGGGGGCUGAAUAUGGAAAGUCUUAUGAAGAGCUAUGCGAUGAUGUACGGGAAGCACAUCGUGGUUCAAAUUGGCAUGAGAUUGUAGAUCCAGAAUAUGAAACGAGGCUGGAAAAAAUGGCUGGUACAGAAAACCAUACGACUAUGACAGCACAAAUCGUCCAACCUACGAUCCUAUUUGUUCCACGAGACCAUUUUCAACUAUAUCUACACUGCCUAAAAUACUCAACUGAGCAGUGGAGCUAUAACACAUCAAUGCCAACUUGGGCUGUGAAUCCAAACGUGAGGUAA